AUGGCUCAGGCCCAUAUUUUAGAUAUGUUUUACCUAAACAUCAAGAAGCAGGCAAAGAUAGACUUCUUGAUAGUUGGAGAUGUCACUGUUCAGUAUCUGGCUGAUAUUGUACAGAAAUUAUUUUCAGAAAUAGCAGAAGUCACCAUAACCGUCAGCGAUGUGAGGAAGGCAGCCGCGCUCCUGGAUGAGCGUGCAUUCAACGUGGUCUUCCUGAAGAUGACUUCGCCAACCCCUGGAGAGCUGGACGCUGUCAAGUUAAUUAGAUUUGGCAAGAAGAAAAAUACACAUUUACUGUUUGUUUUUAUAAUCCCUGAAAUUUUUAAAGGUUGUAUUUCAGGGCACGGAGCUGAUAUUACUUUAACUGAACCACUGACAAUGGAGAAACUGAGCAUUGUGGUAAAAUACUGGAAAACAUAUUUCUCAAAUACUGUUAAGAAUGAAAACUCUAUGAAGCCUGAGCAAUCUGGAUUGCCCCUGCAGAGGUCCCACAGUGAACACCUGGGAUAUUUUUCUACUGAUCUAUUUGCUUGCUCUGACUCUCUAAGAAAUGACACCGAGCUUGAAUUAAGGGCUCCGUUGUCUGAUUUCGAGAAAAGCAAAAAGAUUUCUCUUCUUCAUUCAAGCAAGGAAAAGCUGAGAAGAGAACGAAUCAAGUAUUGCUGUGAGCAGCUGCGGACUCUAUUGCCAUGUAUAAAGGGGAGAAAGAAUGAUGCAGCUUCCAUUCUUGAGGCAACAGUGGAUUAUAUGAAGUAUAUCCGGGAGCAAAUCCCUCCAGCCGUCAUGGGCCAGAUUACAGAAGCACUGCAGAGCAAUAGGAGGUUUUGUAAGAAACAACAGACGCUCAUCCAGCUCCCCCUCCCAGGCACUAUCAUGGCGCAGAGGGAAAACAGUAUAUUGGCAAACACUUACUCACCAGUGAGAGGGAUCAGAUUCCUGACUAACAAGUACUUGAAUGUGUACCCUGUUCCUGCCUCAGGGGGCCCCUCGGGAGACGCCAUGAGAGGUCAGUCCAGCUCCACCUCAGAGAAUGCUAUCGGUGAUACGUACAAGGCUCGAGCUCCCAGCACAGCUCUCUCUCUCAAUUCCUUCCAUGCCAUCAGAUACUAUUCUAAAGUCAUCCCUUCCUGUGAUGCAGCUGCCAUAACAAAUCAGAACAUUUCCGUUCAUUUUCCGUCAGCUGUGCCCAAAGUCUCAACGUUUCUUCCUCAGCACUGCAAUUCUGUGCUGGGCCAGACGUGCCCAACACAUCCUAACUGUCUGCAACAGUUUUGGGCAUAUUAAUAGAACACGUUUGAAAGUCACACUCUAGACCACCUAUUGGGCGCAUUUUGACAAUUUGGGAAAUGGAACAAAGAACGAUCUUGAAAGCUACAUCCAGAGACCAACAUCAAAAGAGUUUGCAUCGCAUGGCUUCUGAUAAAAGUGCUAAAAGCUUCUGUGGGUAGAAAGACAGGCAGCAAAAGUGCUAGCCACGUGCCUUCACUUAUCUUCACACUACUUGGAUCUCCCCGACCCAGAGAGCUACAGAACAGACGGCCUUCGUGAUCCAGACUUUUCUUUUUCUCAAAAAAUAUUCCACAAUUUAUAAGAUUGGGGAGGUACACCGAUACUCUGAUGUCACUGACUACAGACCUUAUAACUUGAUUCUUAUUUUGAGUAUCACCGUGAGUUACUGUCACUUAUUUCUAGGUGGUUUCUUUGGUAGACUUGACAUUUUAGAGAGCUUCCUUCGUUAUUCACCAUUCAAACUAAGAUACUUUAGUUUGAGAGAGGUGCUCACCUCCCCACAUGACUACUAAUGAAUAAAUUGACGUGUUUGGUUUUGUGUUUCAUAAUCCCUUGAGUAAAGUAAUAGCUAAUAGGUAAAUUUUCUUUCUGGAUCAUUAGUUACAGACUAGCAGGCAUUUGGUUUUCAUCUCUUCCUUCCUAUAGGUAUUAGAAAAGGCUGUUGAAAAUAAGGGGAGAAAAAUAUUUGUUUUAUACUCCCUUGAAAUGUUCUUAUGCAUAAUACAUUUUAUUGUUAAAUAUUCAGUUUUGACCCUGAGUAACUCAUUUUUGUUUUGUUUAAUAAAUAUGUGUUCCCUCUUUUAGUAGUACUAUGAAGAGAAUUUAAUUUUACUGGAUUUUUGAAAAGUUUAAAAAUUAGGUUAGGCAUAGCCUAAUUUUCAUGUUAAAUUGUAUAACUUUCCUUGGAGGAUGUCAUGAUGAUGGAAUCUGUAGAUGUUUGUCAAACUUUAUAAAGGAACUAGAAGUUUCUAAGA